CACUAUGACUGCCUCGACAAGACGCAAGUGUUCCCUAGCCCUUGGGAAAAAUGGCUCCUUCAAUGCACUGAGGGCUCUCGAGCCAACUUUCCAGUUGGCUAGUUAUUCAAACAGAUGCUACAGGAAAGCCACUCUCCUUUUCGAUGCAACUAGAGAAUCUACUGGAAAGGAUUUGAAACAAUGUUGUUUCAUGAAGCUACAAGGACUCUCAGAAGAGGAGCGAUAUUCACUUCUUCUGGAGGCGACCUUGUCUUUGAAUGUUAAAAAGAUGAAGGCGGAUGCCGAUGAACUGAAGGCAAUGAAGAGUCUGAAGAGCGUGUUUGCUAAGGGAGUUGGGGCUAAGACGUGGGAAGAGGCGAUAGAAAGAUACCCAACCUUCACUUCAGAAGCAGCCCUGGAACCCUAUGUUGGUAAAAAGUAUACAAAAGGUAACAUCCCAGAGGUCUUCCUGGAGCACAUCAGCAGGGCCAAGAGAGACAUGGACAUGAAUGCAGACGACAUCCCAGCCCUUAUGAUACAAGAACUAGAAGAGGAUAUCCAGUUAUCCUCAACACCAUCGGCUACUACCAGAAUCUUCCUGACAAAGGACAUCACAGCGAUAUCCAAAGUGGUCAGCCAACAUACCCGACACGAUGUGCAUAUAUUGCAUAUUGUCCAGUCCCCAGUAGGAGAUAUUCAAGAUGUCAACCAUAAUGUCUGUAUGCAGUAUGGUAUUGUCGAGUCUAGGAGGAGGGGUGCUGGCACUAGCCAACUCUACAUGCCAUCAAGAUCAGACUUCUACAAAUAUGCAGUGGAGCAUUUCACUUCUAUUGAUGAAGUGGUUCUUGACGUUGGAGACGGACUGCUGGCAAGGGUUGCAGCAGAAUGUGGACGAAAUGGGAGGAUGGUAGAGGAGACAACACUGUCCAGCACAGAAAUAGAGGCCAUGAUGGGUGCUGCAGACUCGGAGGAGAUUCUAGAUGCAGAUCUAGUAUUAAGCAUGGACCAGACGUGUUCUAUACCUUAGUGCAUUUUGUUUCUCUCAUUUCCUCACCUCGAUCACUACCUCAUUUAGUUCUGAAAAAUAUUGUUAAGAUAUGUGACAAACUAACGUUUUUAUGUAAAUAUUUUUAUACAGAUAUGGCUGGUAGGGUGUUUAUAUAUCAUUCUUUUGGCCGCUGGAGUUGUAUUUUCAUGAGGGAAAAUAAAACUCCUUUAGGUAGGCU